AUGUCGAGCAUAACGGCGACUUCUAUCUCCAUGUAUUUAAAUGAUCUACAAGACAAGAUAGACCCAGUUUUGGGCGUCUUGCAAGAACACCCGGGAGUCGCGGCACUCGUUGCACUCGGGCUAGUCAUACUUUUCAAGAUCAUAUUAACCCUCAAGACGAGUUGGACACACCUGAGCACAAUUCCUGGCCCAUGGUGGGCAAGUUAUACGAGGCUUUGGCUUUGCAAGACCAUCGCCGCAGGUGAUUCUGCACAAGUCUUUGUCAAUGUUAACAAGAAAUAUGGACCAAUUGCAAGGGUUGGUCCAAACCAUCUGCUUACUGAUGAUCCUGAGGUGGUCAGACGUAUUCUGGCAACCAGGUCUCACUACACCAGGGGCCCGUGGUUUGACUCUAUCAAGAUUGAUCCUCAUAUUCCCAACAUCGUAUCCGAACGCAAUACUGGAAGACACAACAGACUUCGUCAUAAAAUGUCAGCGGGGUACGCUGGAAAGGAUAUUGAGGGAAUAGAAAAGAUAAUCGAUGAACGGAUUAACAACUGGAUUACCAUGAUCAAGGAUAGGUGGAUCUCAAAUUCUACGAACACAAAGAUGUUUGAUAUAGCUCGUCGUAUCCAAUAUCUGGCCGUUGAUAUCAUUACCCACUUAUGCUUCGGUGCUCCUCUGGGCUUUGUGGAAACGGACUCUGAUGUUUACAAUUUCUUGUUCACCAUCGAGAGUCAGCUUCCUAUCGUACAACAUUUCUCCGUCAUCAUUGAGAUCAACACAUUUGUUGAGAGGCUGUUAAGAUGGAAAUGGCUCAAAUCGAAGGUUGCCCCAAAGGCCACCGACAAGACAGGAAUCGGAAUGAUUAUGGGGAUAUCUAAAAAAGUAGUUGAUGAGAGGCUUCAACCUGAUGCAAAGCCACGUAAAGACAUGUUGGCUUCAUUCCUGAGUCACGGACUGACGCCUAGUGAAGCCGAAGCCGAGAUUUCAAUUUCUUUGGUUGCCGGGUCUGAUACCACCGCUACGUCGAUGCGUGCCACGCUACUGAGCAUCAUUUCCAAUCCCAGAGUCUACUCCCGACUCCAAAAGGAGAUUGAUGAUGCCAUAGUGGAUGGCCGUAUCUCAAGCCCGAUUCAGGAUUCUGAGGCGAGAGCGUUGCCCUAUCUCCAGGCCUGUAUUGCUGAAGGUCUGCGACGUUUCCCUCCGAUCACUCAACUACGAGAGCGUGAGGUUCCCCCCGAGGGCGAUAUCAUUCAUGGACAUCAUGUUCCCGGAGGCACGUUUAUUGGCUUGAAUGCAUGGGGUUUACAGCUUAAUCCCAUUUAUGGCGACGACGUUGAAGUCUACAGGCCAGAGCGCUGGCUCAUCGAUGAUGCAGACCGACUAAUGGAGAUGCACAAAACUCACGAGUUGAUCUUUGGCUAUGGAAACACAAAAUGUCUUGGUAUUCCUAUUGCUAUGAUGAAUCUAAAUAAAUUAUUUGUCGAGCUUUUGCGGCGAUUUGAUAUUUCUGUGGUGAAUCCUCAUCGUCCAUGGAAAAGUACAUGUUACGGAAUUUUCUUCCAAAAGGAGUUCAAUGUACGAAUUACGGAGAGGGAGAUGACGGCCGAUGAUAUAUAA